AUUUAUAUUCGGGUGUAGGACUUUGCUGAAUAAUAAUAUUCUAAAUUUCUUCAAAUAUAUCUCUCUAUAUAUACGUGUGUGUGUGUGUGUAUAUAUAUGAUAUAAAAAAAAUAAAAUGUAAAAAUGUAUACGAUCUGUUUUGUGUUUGUGUGUGGCUAAUACUAGUUUGUGUUUGGGUUGUAUCCUAAACGACUCCCUAGCUAGGGACCCUACGUAGGGACGUCGUGACGUCGGCGAGGAUCCCUGUCCCACACUAGGUAGUGCACUAAGAUAAGGGAGGGUGGAGGUAUUCGGGAUACGGCGCGUGUUAUUCUUCGCGGCUUCGCUUUAGCUAACUUGCUAAACACUUUCUGAGGAGGAAUGCUAACUCGCUAACGCUAACAUUUCUUGGUUUAGCUAGCUAACACCUCAACGGAUACUUUUACCUGGAAUAUUUUAUACAUUUUAAUGAUUUUUUUUAAAUGAUAAGGCGUUAAAUGGCUAAAAGGGUAUGCGUGUGGAUCAUUUUUUAAGCGAUGAUGAGGUGGGAAUUUAAAAAAGAUGAAAAAACGAUGAAAAUAAUUUAAAAAUUGAGUUGAUUUAGAAACGAGCGCGCGACCAACCGGGAGUUUUUUUUUUUUUUUUUUUUUUAAUCAGGUUAGCUAGCAGGCUAGUUCGUUGAGAAACUAGCCUAGCUAGUUAGCUAGGGAUAUUUUUGCGGUUUUUAUUCGCUGACAAGGUGUGAGUUUUGGUUUAUUUUUAUGCUGUAAUCUGUUUCUCUGGAUGGCGCCGCAGAAAUACCCGGGGCAGGUGGUGAGCGCUGCUGCGGGCGGCAGGGCGAGUGGAGCGGUUUGUGUCUCCGCCGUCAGCUCGGUGAAAAAGCCCAAGAUGGAGCAGAUCCAGGCCGACCAUGAGCUCUUCCUCCAGGCCUUCGAGAAACCUACGCAAAUAUACAGAUUUCUGCGCACGAGGAACCUAAUCGCUCCGAUUCUGCUACACAGAUGUCUCACGUUCAUGUCCCACAGAAACUCUCGAACAAACACCAACAGGAAAGCGUUUAAGGUGGACAGCAUGCUGGCGAAGGUGGAGAAGAUGAAAGGAGAUCAGGAGUCACACAGUUUAUCGUCGCACCUGCAGCUGACCUUUACCGGAUUCUUUUAUAAAAACGAUAAGCCAUGUCAAAACUCAGAAAACGAGCAAAACUCGGUUUCUCUCGAGGUGCUACUCGUCAAAGUCUGCCAUAAAAAGCGAAAGGAUGUCAGCUGCCCCAUAAAGCAAGUGCCUACAGGGAAGAAGCAGGUGCCUCUGAACCCGGACGUGAAGCAGACGAAGCCGGCGUCGUGUCCCACGCUGCUCGUGUCCAGCACCGAGUUCGAGCCCAGCAACAGCCACAUGGUGAAGUCCUACUCGCUGCUGUUCCGAGUGUCCCGGCCCGGAAAAACACACUCCAGCGCCUACGUCAACGGAGAGACGGACGAGAACAUGGACGUGAAGGAGGAUCUGUCGAGCAGGAAGAAGAGGGGCGUGUCUCACCGUGACGACGAGGGAAACGCCACGGAGACGUUCGUCGCGCAGAUGACCGUGUUUGAUAAGAACAGGCGUCUGCAGCUGCUGGACGGUGAGUACGAGGUGUCGAUGCAGCAGAUAGAAGACUGUCCCGUCAGUAAGAAAAGAGCCACCUGGGAAACCAUCCUGGACGGAAAGAGGUUGCCUCCGUUUGAAACCUUCUCUCAGGGACCGACCCUACAGUUCACACUACGCUGGACCGGUGACCCCAACGACCCCUCGACGGCUCCUGUAGCGAAACCGCUGUCCACACGCAACUCCGACGCCAGCGGCCCGGAAACUCGUACCCCCACCCUCAGAUCUGCCCCGGCGGUAGUAGUGAAAGACUCAGUGAACAGCAGCAGCAGUGGAGGUGGAGGAGGAGGAGGAGGUGUUGGAGGUGGAGGAGGUGUUGGUGGUGUUGGAGGUGUUGGUGUUCAGACGAGGAGAGAGCAGACCAUCUCUGAACCCAGACAGAAGCUCCGCAUUUUCUAUCAGUUUCUGUACAACAAUAACACGCGGCAGCAGACGGAGGCUCGCGACGACCUGCACUGUCCCUGGUGCACGCUGAACUGCCAGAAGCUCUACAGCCUCCUCAAACACCUCAAACUCUCCCACAGCCGCUUCAUCUUCAGCUACGUGCCUCAUCCCAAAGGGGCGAGGAUAGACGUGUCCAUAAACGAGUGUUACGACGGCUCGUACGUAGGGAAUCCUCAGGACAUCCACAGCCAGCCGGGAUUCGCCUUCAGCCGCAACGGCCCCGUGAAGAGGACCGCCGUCACCCACAUCCUCGUCUGCAGGCCCAAGCGCACGAAGCCGAGCCUGUCGGAAUUCCUGGAGUCGGAGGACGGCGAGCCGGAGCAGCAGAGGACGUACGUGAGCGGACACAACCGGCUGUACUUCCACAGCGACAGCUGCAUGCCGCUGCGUCCUCAGGAGAUGGACGUGGACAGCGAAGACGAGAGAGACCCCGAGUGGCUGAGGGAGAAAACCUCCACGCAAAUCGAGGAGUUCACGGACGUCAACGAGGGAGAAAAGGAGGUGAUGAAGCUCUGGAACCUUCACGUCAUGAAACACGGGUUUAUAGCAGACAACCAGAUGAACCAGGCCAUUAUGCUGUUUGUGGAGAACUGCGGUCCUCACAUUGCACACAGGAACCUGUGGCGCAACUUCCUGCUUCACCUGGUCAGCAUGCACGACUUCAACCUGGUCACCACGGCGACCAUCGACCGGGCGAUGACGCGGCUGCGGGAGAUCCAGGCCGAGCUGCCCAAGCCGGAGGAAAGCGCGUGUAACGGCCACGCCGUCUCCUCGGGCUUCUCCCUGCACGGCAAACGCACCAAGAGCGCCGUCACCGACUGAACGCCGAGCGCGACUCCGAAAAUCAACUCCGCUGUGGUUCAGCGCCGGGAAAAAAAACCUGGAAAAAAAAAAAAAAAAAAAAGACGGCUAGAGCGGCAAAUUCUAAAAAACGAAAGUCGGAGCUGCUACGAAUCAUCACAACUUUUGUUCAUCAACUUUUUUUUUUUUUUUAAGUGAUUCUAGAAAGCGCUGAAACCAUUUUUCGUUCUCUAGAACGAACCGAAACUGUUAAAUUAGUUAAAAUUCGCUGUUCGAUACGACGCUGAAAUGUUCCGGAAAUUUCAGAAAUGUGGUUUUCUAGAGUUAAAACAUUUAGAAAUAAAUGUUUUAGAGCUGAAGUUAAAAUGAUCGGCGUCUAAAACCUGGCUGCAGAACAUUGCUGAAGAUUUUGGGCUUUCCAAAAAACAAACAAACAAACAGACAAACAAAAACAAAUAAAUAAAUAAACAAAUAGAGAUUUUUGGAUGAUUGAAGAAAGCAUAGAAACUGUUUCUGCUUUUCUAGAUUUCAUGGAAACUUCCGGAAGAAGGUUGAAGGUGAAGAUGCAGGUUUCUCAGACCAGCUCUUCUCUUCUUCUCAUCUUCUGGGGUUUGAGAAUGAAAGUGGAAUUUCUUCUCCGAUUCCAGAAAGCGCUUAAGCUCUUUAUUUUUUUAUUUUUUUUAAAAACACAAUUGUAGAGCUGAAGGGUUGAAAGGAUAAGGGAUAUUUUUUUUUUUUUUUUUUUUUUUUUUUUUCUGGUGAAAUCAUUUCUGAAAUUUCCAGAAAGUGUUUAUUAUUCGAGAUUUAAAACAUUUAAAAAUAAAUACAAUAAAUGUUUUAUAGCUGAAGUUAAAAUUCCAGGCUUCUAAAAAUACAUUCUUAAAAAAAAAAAAAAGAAAGAAAAAAAAAGAUAUUCGUCACUUUU